GUAAAAUAAAUUAAUGGAAUAAAAUAAUUUGAAAAUAUUUAAAAAAUGAAUAAGUUAAAUAAAUUGUUCAAUAAAUAACUCUGUUUUGCAAUAGGUAGUGACAGGCAAACCGAAACAGCGAGUGCGCGUCGAAGGGAAGAACUCUGUGUGGAAACAGCUGAGCCCCAACGUUGAGAUGUCGUCCGCAUCUUCCGCACUGAGCCAGGGUCGUUACGCAUUCGACCACGACCAAGCACUCGGCCAGAGCAACGUGUUCGACGCGAGCAACGCGGUGGAGGAUCCGCUUCUGCCGCUUGCGAUGCCGCUCACCUUCCCGCUGCCGCUAGCGGCAUUCGACAAUGUGUUCAUUCCGCCGCAAUCGGCCGCUGUCAGUCGUCCGCUGCCGCAGGCGGUCGCCGUCACGCCGGGACAGUUUAGGACCGGCCUGCCGCCGGUCGCCGCCACACCGGGACAGUUUCGCACUGGUCACUCCCUGCAACUGAAGCCCACCGACAGUCCGAGCGAUGCCAAGCCAUUAGCCAGUUUGCAUAGUGUGCAUACUCUUCUGCCUCAGGAAAACAUGUUCCACCAGGCGACUGGCACUCUACAGACAGCAGACGGUCUCACACUGCCAGCCAUGCAACAUGUGUUGGUGACGGGGGCAGACGGCCAGAUGAUUCCCGCCUAUCUCAUUCCGGUGGCUGCAUUGGGGGCAGCACAACCCCUUCCCCGCCACCCCAACUCAUUCUUCCCCCACCACCGACCAUCCUCUUCCUCCUCCUCCUCACACCCUCCCAGAGGAGAUGCCUACGAUCACCACAGGCACGAACCACACCACCACAAUCAAAAUUCAAAUUCAAAUUUUCACAAUCACCACCAAAAACAUUCUGGAAAUUUGGUGGCGUCAGCUGCUAGUCCCCACCCUGAACGCCUGAAACCUUUCAGACCGUCGCAGCCACUCGGUUUGGACGGCUUCACCAUAUCUAGCAACCCUCACACACAUGCACCGCUACAUCACGCGCACUCGCACCACCGCCAGCGGCCGCCCUAUGCGACCAGGAGUGUCGUCAGUGAGGGAGGAGGAGGUGGAGGGUUCAAGGCGGUCGAGUCCAGUGAUCAGCGCCAGGUUCCCACCAGCAUGUACGUGCUGAAGCCACCCUCACCAGAAAAAAUCAGCCAGUUCGGAAGGUCGUCAUUCUCCUACCAGGUGUUCGAUCAGCCGCAAGCAUCACCCGCACCUCAGCCGCAACCGCCCAAAUACCGCACCAUAGUGCAGUUGCGGCCAGUGCAGCCGUCCGGCGUCAGUGGCGUCGUCAGUAAUCUUCUGCCCGGAUUGCGGCCGUCACGUGACCUCGCCGGCGAGCAGACCGUGCUCAAUGCCAUACUGUCGCAGGAACUUUAA